ACGCCCUAUUGGCCGCUGGGCGCAAGAAAUGCGGCCGCCAUCUUGAACCGGUCAUACUCGUUGCGCAACUGAAGAAAGCAGGAUGCCAGAGCACUGUGCAGCAUACUCAUGCUCAAAUCGGCGGACCAUCGCAAGCAGGGCUCGGGGGAUUACUUUUCACAAGUUUCCCAAGGACAAAGAUGUGAGGAAGAAGUGGGAAGUGGCUUUGAGGAGAGAAGGAUUCACUGCAAGUGUUUCAUCAGUUCUUUGCUCUCAACAUUUUAAGCAGGGUGAUUUUGAUAGGACGGGUCAGAUUGUCCGACUUCGUGAUGGUGUUAUUCCAUCCGUCUUCAGCUUCCCGGUUCACCUCCAAAGAUUGGAAAAGGGCAUGGCUACGUCUGCCUCCAGAAGAGCUGAAGAAAUCCUGGCUGUGGCCUCUCAGGAUUCCCAAGAAAUGGCAACCUCACAUCCACAACCUCAGCCUAAUGAUGUGAAUAUUUCUACUUUAAACAUCACAUCAUAAUGUUCCGGGACAUAUUAAAAUCUCACUUGUUUGCUGCAAGUCAUAUUAAACACA